CAGCUGCGCUGGUGCGCGCAGGUACCUUCCCCCGCCCUUUCAGCGACUGUGACAGCUGCCUUGUUCACGAGCAGAAUCGCACCAGAGUCGCACGAUCGCAUGCGUCCUUGCGGGAAUAGCCAUCGCCAGCCGCUGGGCCGUGUAAACAUGGAGGAUCAAGCGAGACGCUAGGAGCAGGUAAACUGAGCCAAGUGGUCUCCUGAGGAGUCAUGUUCAAAAUAGAAUCGUACGUGACUCCGUUGAUCCUCAGUUACGUGAGCAAGUACGUCAAAAAUAUUCGUCCAGAAGACUCGCAGCUAUCACUGUGGGGCGGCGAUGCUGUCUUUAGCAACUUGGACCUACGGCUUGAAGCACUCGAGCAAGAGCUGCGACUUCCGUUCCGCCUUGUCAAUGGCCACAUUCACGAGCUGCGCAUUCAUGUGCCGUGGACCAAGCUUACCUCCGAGCCAGUUGUCAUCACUGUCAACACCAUCGAGUGUGUGCUACGGCUUGGUGAAUCUUCAGCCAGCUCCUCUUCAUCCUCUGUGUCAUCAACACCUUCAGUGACUCGGUUUAGGCGAGUAAGUUCUGCUCGUGCCACCAGCCCUGACGGCAGCAGCUCUUCACAAACCCUCGCACAGCCUCCUGGUGGUUAUUUGGGUGGCCUGCUGCAGCGUGUCCUACACAACAUAACAAUUGUCCUCAACAAUGUCAUCCUCAAGUAUGCGGAGGAGGACCUCGUUCUUUCGCUCAAUGUCAAAGCCGUCGAAGUGGCCUCCGCCGAUGCGUCGUGGCAACCGGCGUUUGCACAGCUGGCCACGGAAAACCCCGUGCUGCGAAAGCUCGUCUCCAUGGAAGACGUCACUGUUUGUCUGGACAAGCGUGAUGCCAGUGGCAAGAUUGAGGCUUACCAGGAACCCCUGCUGUAUCGGUGCUUCGUGCUGGGUCGGCUGCACAUGCGUUACGACGGGAGUGGACGUCCGAGCGCACUUCGGUUCCACGUCUCGUGCGAGCGGCUCGAUUUGUCGCUGACCGAUCAGCAGCUUCCACUGUUUGUGCGCCUCCUGGAGCUAUGCCUGGCGUUGUACUAUGGCCGCCUCGCUUGCAGUCCUGUCGAGGAAUCUCGCGACGUGCCGUCGCCCGACCAGCCGCAGUCAGCGACGUCAUGGGUGUCCUCUGGCGCCACUCCCGCCGAAGGUGACCCUGGCAGUGAUCAAGGCUGGGGAGCUUGGGCUUGGUCCAUGGUGCCGCAGAUUCUGCCCACGUGGGAAGAAGAGGCCGCAGGGAUGGACGAUGGUGUUGGUGACCCAACAACAUUGAUGGACACUGGCUGGCCCACCUUGUACCACGUGGGCUGCUACGUGGCAAAAGCAACCUGUGUCUUCAAGACAACGAAAGAAGAUGGUUUCGCAGGUCGCAUCUCUUCAUCACGGCGACAAAACAUGACCGGUCGACCACUGCUGCAGUUGGAGUUGCAUGGCGCCACAUGCGAAAUGGCGCUGCAGGGGCUCACCUGGGUGCACCUCCAAGUGGGUGUCACCGGGGCAGCAAUCUCCGGGUCCGAACGCUGCGCCUGUGGAUUUGACGAGGCGAUGCGACGCAACGGCAGGUCAAAGGGAGCGGCCAUGUACCUGAGGGCGGGAGUCACCACAGGUGGCCACACCUACAACCACCUCACAGGCUCGCUCUUUGACCCUCUCGCACCCGAGAACUCUGGCCAAGUUCGGGAGCCCGAGCCUGGUCUGGAUGUGCACGUAGAACGGCUCACCGAGCUGGCCAUGGCCGAGCGUUUCCCUGCGCUGUGCAUGGACUACCUGUAUGAGCUGCAAAUUCCUGAGGACUGGGACGAUUCAAAUGAAGCUGAGGAGCCCUGUACAGUGGCAUUUCUGGAGAGCUCUAAUUGGGUAGAGCGGUCCCUCUGUCGCUCUGUGAUUGGUCCUCUCGUCAUUGACAUCACGAGUGGAACAGUACAUCGCCUUGAAUGGAUGUUGGACUGUAUCACGAAUGGCCCUCCGAGGCCAACCUAUGGACAAGAGGAGAUCGCGCCCUUACUGUUCCCAUUGGCCAUGCCAAACGAAGAGCAGCUGGAAAGGCUAUGCCAGUUUGUUCCAAGCCGCACAUAUCGUUUGGCUGUACUGAAGCCCCGGAUUAGACUCUGCCCUGCCACACACUCAACGGGAGACAGCCCACGGCAGAAGUCCGUGCUUCGUCGGAAGUACUCGCGAGACGAUCCUGGCCCGCCAACUGCGCUGAUCAGCUCCUGCCUGCCCCUGCUGGAACUACAGCUCGAGUGCCUCGACAUUUCACUGUCAAAGCCCAUGUACCCUCGGAAGAUGACUGCCCUGCUGGCAGUGGACGAAGGUGCACUUCCAGACACUGUUCGGCAGCAGUGCUUCGCUCACACCCAGGCAAAGCUUUGGGGCCUGACAGUGGAUCUAGCAGCCGCGUCAAACAAAGCAUCGGCUCGUCCACCGGCUCGGGCAGUGCUUUUGGAUCCAGCCUGGGCUACGAUGACCAUGCACUCUGUCGUAUGUCCCGUAGUCCUGGCUCACGGACCGAGCAGCCUGGCACGCUCAUGGAGCACGGUGGAAGUGGGCCCGUUGCAUGUUUUGGCAAGUAAGCAGCGAGCCAUGGCUGCCUUGGGGGUGCUGCUGUCCUGGCAUUCGGGACCUGCGGUCACCACUACGCUGGGAGCCUCUUCACUCCUUGGCAACCUUGUUCAUGAAGGAAGUUCAACGCUCGAGUUAGACAUUGGCGGCCUCUCCUGGAGCUUUUCAGAAGACACCCAAGCGUGCACACAUUCAGCCAGCAUGGUGUCACUCUCCCUUGUUCUGAAUGACAAAGACAAGAGCAUCGGUAUAGUUCGUGCACCAGAAAACACGACACAGGUGCCUCAGUUCACGAGGCACGAAGGGGACGUGGAGCGAGAGCCGAGUCGGGUCGAAGAGUCCUGGAUUCGUGCUACGGCCAGAGUGCCACUGAACUGGAGUUUAAAUGCGGCUGAAGCCACUGGCUACGUGGUGCUCAAAGUCAAGGGUGUUGCUGUCGUCAUGGAUCCCGCCCUGGUGACCUGGCUGGCCCCAUUGCCUUUGAUUUUCCCGAUGGGUGGCGACAUCCACGUGGCAGGUCCCGGGGCCAUGCCGUUUUCGCCAACGGCCAGCGAUGAUGGCAUGCCAACAUUUUCGGACGAGAAAUCACGAGACGUGCCGCAGGAGGGCAGAGGAUCAGCCAGUGGCAGUCAGAAGAGUACCACCACCAGUCUGGUGUCCCCUCCGGAUCUGGCCGGCCCACGAAGGCUGCUUCGGACAAAGAGCGAGGUGCUAAACUCUGGCAAGACACUGGAGCAGCCCAAGGGGUUUCACAGCUGGCUGUACAGCACCUACCUGCACCUGAAGAACUUCUCUGUUCAGGCAGACAUUGCCAACAUCUGCGUGCUGUUUCCUCGGGUGCCCAUGCUGCUUGCCUUUCCAAGACAGCAUCGACAGCCGGGCUCGGUGGAGCCCGUACCCAGCGUGCUGUUGCAGUGGCGCCGAGUGCUGAAAGGAGGCUCUGAAGGCACUGUAGUUUGCACUCUGUUGCCGGCCGUGAACGUGGUCUCCGCCGACUCCCGGCCCAAGCAGUCGGCCGCUGGCCCGGCAGCUGAGCAACACGACGGUCCAUCUGGGGAGAGGUUUCCGUGGUGUGUGAAACUGAGUUCGUGGGCGGCCUUUGAAGCUUGCAGCCAGCACGUGCGCCACAUGCUUAAGCCGUCCUCCCUGUCGUGCACGGUGGCACUGACCUCCUCCAGCCACAACCCCGAACCGCAGCCAAGGCUGCCUCAGCUGGGUCUCUGCAUUCACGUUGACGUCGAGCCUUUCCAUCUCAGCAUUUCCAAGAAGCAGCUUAACGAAAUCAGGCAAGUUUUGCUGUUCCUGGCGGCAAUACACACGAACGCUUUAAACACAAUGGCCUGGUUCCACCAGUCGAGUGUUGGCAUCCCCGAGCCGAUGGGCCUGAGGCCCAUUCACCGGCAGACCUCUGCACCAAAGGGCUUCGGCAGGAGCCUAAGCCUAAGCGAGUCGGGAGAGAAGAAUGUUGUGACCCCCGUAGUGGCUGCCGCCAGUCCGGCAACCAAGACCGCCCUCGAGGUGCCUGCCCUGACGUUCUGGUUCCAGUGGACACUUCCCAAGGUUGGGGUCAACCUCUUUGGCAAGAGCGGAGAGGGGCCAUUGGCGAAACAUGUCUGGCUUCAGUUCGAAGCCGAGGACGUGACCGCGUCUCUGGACGUCCAGGAGGUAUACUCGAAAGUAAAGCUAAAGAUGUCUUCCUUCAACAUCAGUUGCUUCCAAAAAAGCCCAACUUCACCGACAUCAACCUGGGAGGCUGGGCCAUAUGAGGGUGUCAUCUUCAGCUGCACUGAGAAGCUCAACCGUCAGACUGGCACGAGCAAAAUGAUGGCCGCCUCGUCUCCCUUGAGCCAGCACAAGCAGGCCGACUUCUUGAACCUGACUUGGACGUCCGCUCUGUGCGCGCACGUUCGCAGAAACAUCCACAAGUCAAGGAAAGAGUUCACUCCCCUGACGGAAGCCGAGAAGCAGGCCCUGAAGCCUCAUUUUCUCAGCGAGGUUGAUCUUAAACUGGCUCCCCUGGACGUGGUGCUGCACACGUGUGUUGCUGGCGUGGUGGCUGACAUGGCUGUGCCAGUCCAGAGCCUUCUGGAGCUGUGGACACCGGCCGUCAGUGUUCCUCCAAAGGGCCAGUCCUCCAAGCCUGCAGGUUGGGACCUGAACAGUAGAGCAUUGCCGCUGGUCUACGUCUCUUCGGGCACCAUCCGCAUUUUCCUCCCUGUGGACGACUAUGGUGGAUCGCAGAAGCCAUCGAGCAGCGGGGACGUCUGCCUCAUGCAGAUUGGGGCAGCGUCCCUGAGCCCCCAAGUGGACAACCCCCUAUGCCGCCGCCCCUUGCGAGAGGACCUGUACUGUUGGGCGCAGGAACAGGGCAUGCUGAACGCCGUUGGCUCGGACUUGGAAGACCGCCAGUACCACAUGCGUCUGUCGUCCUUUUUCCUAUGCACAUUGAACUGGAGUGACCUGGCCAGCCAGGAUGGCAGAGGCGAGGGCACUGCCCUGGGACCUGGUGGUAGCCAGCCAGUGACCACACUGAUGGGUGAGAACCCGGCCUUUGAGUGGAACCGCCAGCCCCCGGGGGCCCACGUGCUUGGCAGGGCGUCCAAGGCGCCUGUUCCCUUGCACUUUGUCACUUCUUGCUGUGACCUACACGUCACCCUGGCUCCCGCCAUGAUCUUUUUGGAGAACAUGGCCGACGGAACUUCUCAGGAGGUCCUAGUCUGCGGGCACUCUGUAGAAGCGAGCAUACCACGCGACCUGCAUUGCCACUUGAGCCUGGACCAAGUGGCCCUAGUGCACAGGAUCUUCUCCCAGUACAUGGGCAUAGUUGGCAAACUGGCCACGGCCACGACGCCCACAGGGAAACACAUCUUCCCCGCCCUGCGCCACGCGUCGGAGUGUCGCGACAGUGGCCUCGGAAGCGAGCUGUCCGAGGCCCUCGAGUCGGUACAGACCUCCGAAGCGCCAGCCACUGGACUGAGCUUUGUUCCCUUUGACCUCUUGCUGACUGCAUCGACAAUCUCUCUGACACUUGGACAAGUGGAAGCGGACAGGAGAAAGCAGUCGCACUCCCCGCCGAGUUGCAGUGACGAUGAAGACAUUGGAUAUGAUGCUUCCGAGGACUCGGACAGUCGUACUGGUGACGAGGUCGGUACGAGUUCCCACCAGACCAGCCGAGGCAAUGGCAAGGUGGUCCCACUGGCCCGCCUGGUCGUGCUGCAGCCCCAUGCUUUUCUGACGUGCUCUUCUGCGGAACAAAAAGCUGAAAUGUCGUGCUUUGACAUUCAGGUCGGCGGUGUGCCAACUGGAUUUCGGGCAGCAGGUCGCUGCCUGUCAGAGCUGGCCAGUCCAGGCACGUUUGUGGAGCCCUGGCUCGAGACAAGGCCUGGAGAGCCCCACCCCAAGACUGGGAUUCCACCAUCCCUCUUUACACUCUCGCUGCAUGGUUUUCUGAUGCCCCAGGUGACAUUAUGUGUCAAGGUUGGCCGACCUGUGAGGGUUAACCUGAGUGCGUCCAAGCUGGACCAAGCCCUCCAGUUUGCAGAGCUUGCCUCGCAUCAGUGGUCUCACAUUCAGGGCUGCUCCGGCGCGCUCCAUCAGGACAAGUCCGAGACCACGGACACCAAUUGCGCGCGGACUGAUGUGGCGGAAGCGCCUGCUGUGUCCUCCAAUGAAUGGAGGCUGUCAACAAAACUGGAAAUGGAUCAGCUUGUCUUGUCCCUGGAUGUCCCCGCACAACGCCAUCACAAUUUUAAGAUGGUUCUAGCCUUGGAAGGCCACUGCUCCAACUUGGAAAUUCUGUGCUCGUCCAAAGGUGUUCCAUCGACCAUUGAAAGCAGAACUACUCUAUCAUCACUCCAGCUGUACACCCUCGUGGGUCAGCAGUGCAUGGCUUUGGCAGGACCGUCAACCUUUUUUGUGUGGACCGACAGCUUCUGGGAGCAGCUGUCCGGUCUCCCAACGGCACACAGUGUCCUAAGGGUCCAUUGCGACACGCUCCCACUGAAUGUCGGGCCCGCGCAGUUGCUGCAUUGUGUGACGGCAGCUCAGCACAUGACGCACCUAGUUGCUUCUGUCACAGAACGCCUAGAGAAAAUAACGCCCCACGGCAAAGUGAAAACUUCUCGCAAAGCAGCUGCAACCACUGCCAAAGGUCCCCAGGGAAAAUCGUGGUGCGACGACCUCCGCAAUGGCAGCUUCCAGUACAUCCAAGACGAUGGCACACCCAACCCGAACGAGAUUGUCUUUCGGAGGCCAUUAAAGAAUGGGGAUGCUGGCGUGAUGACUUGGCGCUAUCCCGAGCCACGGGUUUUGACUCGGGUCGACGUCUAUCCCGUGCCUUUCUCAUCAACAGUCACAAUGGGCACUUCCCCUCCUCCUGCAUUGCAAUGCAACCUCCAGUACUGGGAUCCCUGCCAAGAGGUGUUUGUGACAUGCCAGCAGUUUGAGUUGUCGGAGAGCGAGCCGUGUUUCCUGGAGCUGCCAGCGCUGGCAUUCUUUGGGGAUCAGCCCCCGCCUGUGGCAGUGGCGGACACUUGGAGGGUCAUCAUACUUCCUCCUGAGCAACCAGCUGCAAGGGACAGCGAGGAGCCCACUUCGGGAACGGCCAUGUCUCCAUUGGCAUUAGCCGCCUGCAUGCGUGUCGACUCCCACUUUGAUCCAGCACUGGUGCCCCACCUGAGAGCGAGUGUGGCCGUCGAUUCCUGUCUUGUCACCUUGAACGUACCCACUGACCAGAAAGUUCCUUCAGCAGCGCUGUGGCCGUUCAAGUUGGAUCACUCUGUGGCAAGCCCCACCAACCUCGACUUUGCCGUGAUAUCCAUGGACCACUUGUGCCUUUCCUACACCGGCUGGGAGCAUCGCAUUAAUCUUGGGGUGAAUGGGUACAUAUCAUGCGACGUCACAGAGCUGCUUCACCUCACCCGCCUUGGCAUCCUCGACUCUGUAGGUAUCAAAGCAUCGGCCGUCAUCUGCCAGCCAUUCAACAAGGAGCCUGGCGUUGAAAUCGAGGCAUCCUUGGACCCGUGCUUUAUCAGGAUCUGUCAGCUUGUUGUUCACACGCUCUCCACGGCAGCUUCCUACUGGAGCCCGGAUGCACACACUGGUGUUCUCCCCAGCUACGUGGCCAUUUGCAACAACACAACGGACACUGUGUGCUUUGGUCAGGCUGGAACUGUGGAGAAGAUAUCACUCCAACCAGGGCACAUGCAUGCCUACACGUGGAAGAGCACAAAGGCACCAUUGAUGCUGCACCUUGGAAUAGAAAACCAGCAGUGGAAGUGGAGCAGUCCUUUCGCACUGAUUCGCGACAAGGAAAUUGCUGUUGAAAUACCCAUUGGUUCUUCGGCUGUGUCUACUGUCCUGGUCAGAAUGCAAGGAGGGCAAGGAGUUGAGAUGCAGGUGAUCAUCUCUGGCCAAGUCACCCUCCGGAGUCACUUAGUGACCGACCUUCAGAUCCAGCUCAGGAUGCUGGUCGACAGUGCAAAGGAACACAACAAGUCACCAUCUGCACAGCCAUCAAAGACUCGCACCCUGGUGGUUGACAUUGGUGACAAGGCCUGUAGGAGCCUCAUCAUCAACCCUCGCAGGCUACACUCUUUUUCACUCAGGAGACAGGCUUCCACACCGGGCGGACAGGCAAGGGUGAAUGCUGUGCCUUGGUCCAGCGAAGUAGUUUUCAACGCCAUGAGCUCGAAGGAUUGGGCCAAGGUUGUUGAGGUACCACAAGACACUGAUGAAGCUGCAAAGCUCCAGCUGUGGUGCUAUUGUUUCGCUGGCUGUUUUGGAUCAUCAGCAAAUUUCCUGGUGCUGGCAUUCGCGCCCCUUCACGUGCUGCGCAGCCACUUGCCCUGCAGCCUCCUGGUCCACCUUCAUGGAAGGACCGGCUUCGAAGCAGCGGGUGACCACUACCACUCGCUCCUAGUUCCCGGCCGAGGCCAAGACUGGCCUCUGCUUGUGGAUCCACCGCCGUCCAGUCUCACCUUUCAACUCGGGCCAGGCAAGCGCGUUUCCUCUCCUGCGCUUGAACUGAGGCCUCCGUCCUUGGACCAUGAAAUCUCCACCACACCUUCGGAAGACCUGUGGAGGCUACGCAAUCCUGAGUGGAACUUUGGCUCCCCUCAUGCAGCCAAGUGGCCAUACGACGAUGUUGAGCGCAUAGCCAAAGUGGACCACAUGUGGGAGAGGGGAGUUCUCACUCAGCUCUUCACCUCUACCAACGCAAGCCCCAAGUGCCUUCCCGAGAUGCCAGAGACGGAGCUGCACGUGAAACAGUAUUACGACCCCAACCUUCCAUAUCCGGGCACAGUUCUGGUGGACAUCAAGCCGUGGGCAUUUAUCGUCAAUUGCACGGGGCUAGAGCUCAGGUUGCUCACGGGUGACCACAGCAUUUGGACUCUAGCCCAGGAUCAGACAAUGGCACCACCACCACUUUAUGACCCCUUUUUUCUGGCUGUUGAGGAGAACGGCGCGCUUCACUGCUCCCUGCGGCCCCUGCUAGUGGACCCUUCCUACCUUCUUCAGAAGAGGAAAGGAAGCGCCCCGCCCGACGACCUGGAAGCUGACCUGCUGCAUCUGUCGGUGCCCAUGCCUGUGUCCAUCUACUAUGGCAACCCCGACUCGGCUUCGUUCACUGUCUGUCGGCUGAUUGCCCUGGCACACGACUUCGAGGGAUGCCUCGUGGUGACGCUGAGGUCAGCCGUCUACCUCAGCAAUCAGACGGAUUUGCCACUGGCUGCUGCCGGCUUCACAACCAGGAAGGCUCUGGACAACCCGACACAAGCCUGGACUGGUGUCAUGGAAGUGACAGCCGAGUGCUGCCUACCACCUGACCGCCAUCAAAGCCUAGGCACCGUUCCUCUGCUGUUCUGGAAUGGAAGUAAUGGCGUUGACGACACUGAACUGGACGAAGCCGUGUACGGCCAUCUGCUGGUCAGCCUAGCUCUGAACCGCGUGUCCGCCGAGGGCGAAAGGAGGCUGUGGAGCUUUCCCUUGAACCUAGAGGUUGAGAACAAGAAUAUACGGUACUCGACAUCGGUUUUCAAGGCCGUCGGGUCAUCCUACGUGACACUGCCCCUCGUGGUGACCUGUCAUUCGAGGGGCGGAAGCGUGUAUCUCGUCAUUGCUCGAGACGCCAAUCCUCUGCUGCGCAUCUCUAAUGCCACACGUGCCACACUUGUGCUUGCCGAGAACAGCCCGACAAAAGACCAGUGGCUUCUGCCCUCGGUGGGGCCUGGUUGCUCCGUGCACUUCACGCCUCCGAGCCUUCUCGCCUAUUGUAAUGGCGUUGCCGGUGCAGCCGAACCGGGAAACCCCUUCUUGCUGCUCGGCUGCGCGAGGGAAGUUGAGCCACAUCCGGUUUAUUGGAGCAGUCCAGUGGCAUGCUUGGAUGUGGCCAACCAGUUCGUUCACAUUCCGGGACUUGGCGAUGUGCGAGUGUCAGCUCAAAGGGCUGGCCACACUACCCACUUGCUCGUCCAAGUUGUGAGUAGGGCAGAGGUGUCGGCAAAAGAGAUCCGCAGUCGCAUCGGAGAAGUUCAGCCUGCCACUGACAUUGAGGUCCGUGGAACGCCUGAUGGAAUGUCUGCCGACAGUAUCUUGGCCAUGUCAGACGAAAGCCACGUUCCAGUCGUACCUGCCGAAGACUGCCCACCACUCUCCCCCCUGUACCGCUCCCUGCGCUUUUUAUCAGUCAACAUAGACGAGCUCUGCUUCGUGCUCACUGACAACAGUGAUGUGGCUGACCACAAGAAGUGCCUGCAGGAAGUGGUUCGCCUCAGCUUGGACUCCGUGUCAUGCGCCUGCCGACCUAGGGCCGCUCCUCCUGCGAUGCCGAUGAGUAACAACCAACCGGACGCCUCGCCUGCCAUUGUCUACGACAUCUUUACAUUCAUUGGCGGCCUACAGGUUGACAACCAGCUCUCGCAAGACGAAUUGUCCAACGAAGUCUACGACUUCCCCGUCGUCUUGGUGCCCCGAGACGAUACACCGUCAACGGAAGGCGCGUCUUCGUGCCAAAAUGCUGUUGCAUCGCUAACACUUUCUAUCGAAAUUCUCCGUGACAGCCGCCUGACUGCAGACUCAUUGACAAUCAAGUUCUCUCCACUUUCUCUGUUUCUGGAAGACACACUGCUUUACAGAUUGGCCCGCAUGUCCAGCUUCGUGCGCCCAGCCUGGCACUGCGCUCCUCUCCCAGUCGGUCGCGAGUCCCGCCUUCCCCAGGAGGUGGCAGAGGCGUCGCAGGCUCUGUUGCGAACAGUGCCGGUGCGGGAGAUCGUGCUGGAGCCCCUGGCAGUGCCCUCAGCGUACAUGCAUUCGCUGAAACUGUACUUGUCCCUGAACGGGACGCCACUCAGCUUUGCCCGGUUCAGCCGGAGGAACCUUGUGACGGGCUGCUACCAGCUCGGCCACCUGUUGACGCGGCACUAUGUCACUGGAGCACUGCUCAGGGCAGGUUGGGUUGUUGGCUCUCUCGACCUUCUCGGCAACCCAACGGGUCUGGUGCGUGCCUUAGGUUCGGGGGUGUCUGCGAUGGUGGUGCUUCCGUACAGGGGCUUAGCACAGGGUCGACCCUGGGCUUUCUUCCUGGGCAUCUCACACGGGGCGUCGGCCAUGUUGCGUCACAUAUCCUCUGGUGCUCUGAGUUCAGUGACGCAGCUUGCCACCAGUGUAUCCAGGAAUCUGGACAGGCUCUCGUUGGAUCCAGAACAUCUUGCUUGGAAGGAGUCACUUCGCACUGGCCCUUCGGCGGGCAUCGGCCAGGGACUGUCAACGCUUGGGAUCAGCCUGCUAGGAGCUGUGGCAGGCAUCGUGGACCACCCAAUGCAAGCCCUCAUUCACGAGGAAAGCAGGGGGCCUACAGGGUUCGUCAAGGGCGUUGGUCGUGGCCUUAUGGGUGCCGUAGCAAAGCCAAUCAGUGGUGCUGCUGAACUUGUGGCUCAGACGGGCAAAGGGAUUCUUCAGGGUGCAGGGUGGGGAGAUUUCACGCAGCGCAGGCACGAACCUCGGGCGGUGUCCUUUGACAGUGCGCCCUGUUCGGAAGCGAGGGUUCGAAGCAUUCUGCCCGGUCAAGAGCUGCUGCUAGUGUUGCACGUCCAUCUGAUGUCUGAGAAGAGCACCAACCAACCCUUGAUUCUUGUGCUUACUCGGCAGUGUCUGUGCUUAUUGAGCAAGACAGACGGCACGCUCGAACGGUGCUUCUCCCUGGCCGAACUCUUGUGCACCGGUCCGCCCAACGAUCCCGCAUGCGUGGUUGUUGACCUCGGACCACCGCAGUCCGGAAUGCUACUGGAAGAGAUGGCAAGCCGGGCCAGAGUGCGAGUUGCAGAGUAUGUGACACACACAUCAUCGUACCCCCUGCCACCAUCGGCACAAGACUGUGGCGACUGCAACACUCUGCAAAGUGCACCCAGUGUUGCCUACCAGCUGCGUCUCGUGCAGCCAGCUAUGAGGCCUCUGUUUCUAGCUCUCUUCCACCAAGUUCAGAGGGCAUCAUUGGGCAAAGGCUUUCACAACUUUCUGCACACAUAGCCAGAACCCAACGCCUUUACAAUUAAGAAAAGGUAUAAUCUCAUUUAACGGGACAGGCCUCUAGUAGAAAGGAAAGAAGGCAGUGUGUACAGUGUGUUUGCAAUAGUACGCCUACUAGGUUUUGUUAUUGUUGAACAGUACAAGGAACAUGAGCCCAGUUCCUCUCGACGCCUACCGUUGAUAGCAUUCUAUUCAGUUUUAUUAGAUAAUAACGCAUUUAAGGGGGCCUAUGCAUAAGCGUAUAUUUUCUGGACUUCACAACCGCACAAGUUGUACCUAGUCAACCAAAGUUAUAAUAUUGCGUGCCUGGAACAUUUUUUCAUAAUUUAAUACAAUCAUUCCAAGCCCUGCUGUUGAACUACAGGGAUGUACAUAAGUAUUUUUUUCAUAUGUGGUGCAAUAAAUUGACUGUUUUCUACCAUCGA